AUGGAUAGACAAGGUGAGGGAGAUAUUCCCAUCAAUACCCCUCACAGUAACGCCACUUCACCUUCAUCGACUAUAAACAAUGCGUCGACCUCAUCCACUGGAAACCCACCCUCCAACCGCAUGGACAGCCAACACAACCUCAACUCGCGUAUAAUGAACCCCAGACAACCAUCUGCCAACAACCUAAAAUGGAACAAGCCCGCCGAGGUCAAGUCCAAGGCGGUGCGCAAAGAGUCGGUGCGCAAGCUCAAGGGCAGCGGCAUGUUGCAGCGACGAAAUACGACAAUGAUGAAUCUGCACGAGGAGGACAACCAGACGGGCGGCAACGGCGACAACAUGACCGAGGCUGCGCCCAGAGACGACGACAGCCCCAGCAGCUCCAACGUGCAACACCGCAAGAAGGACAACAUGAUGUCACCCUCGCAGGCGUCGUCGUCGAUGACUCACCUCGACGAGCCACACUUUGAGACGUUGGUCGACCCCGACAUGACACCUCAAGAGCUCGAAGAAAAGGAGCGUCAAAGAGUGGCCUACGAAAAGGGUCAGCAAGUGCAACAGACCCCCACCAAGAAAAAGUCGCAGAUGCAACUCAAGAAGCGUGUGCCCGCCGUCGUACCCCGCGACAACUCAGAGACACUCGAAACCAUUAUCGGCGAGCAAAGACGUGAGGUCGUCUUUGAGGUCAAGCCCUACUUUUCGCACUCCAUUCUCCAGGCCACCAUGGCUGUCUUUAUUCUAUGGAACAUCUUUUACUUUGCCUAUCGUGCCGGCUGGACCAUGAACAAGAACGAUUGGUACACCUUCUCGUACAGUAUCAUCUUUAUUGUCGUCGAGUUUAUCUCGUUCCUCGGUUCCGCACUGCAUCUCAACAACUUUACCAACCCGUGCACCUUUAUCCUCGUCGUCACGCUCGAGCAGAUCCUUGCCAAGCGUCGCAAGCCAUUCCCCAACAUCAUGGUCUAUGUCUGUACCUACAAGGAACCACCUUUGAUUGUAUCGCGUACCUUUAGAACCGCCAUCUCGAUGGACUAUCCCUCUGAGAACUUGUGGCUCGGACUCUUGGACGACUCCAUCAACUUUAGAGAGUCGCGUGGUUGGGCGCAUCUUCAGUCCGUAGAAAAGAACUUCCUCUACGUGCUCUUCCAAAAGGCCAUCUAUGCCGUGCACAACAUCCAUCCACCCGUUGCCUCGGCCGACGACGAUCCCCACGGCAUCCUCUGCGAGACCAGUCAAAAGAUCGAACAGUCUACCAAGGAGGUCAUCGAAAGCGAGGUGCAAUGGUUCAUCGAGUACUUCCUCCUCAACUCUUGGUUCAACAUCCAGGAAGAGGAAGAGACCGAAGCAGAAGACUAUGAAAAGAAUAUGAUUGCCAAGAUGCGUGAGGAAAACUUUGCUCCGUACCGCACCUUUACCGCUCAAGAACGUGAAAAGAUUUACAACUUCUCGAUCGAGGGUCUCCAAUCCAUGUGGCACGGACACGCCUUCUUCCGUCCACUCAUCCGUUCCGUCUUGAUGAAGAAGGGAUUCGUCCGCAACUUUAUCCAACGUCUCAACGACGAGCACCGUCUCCGUUUCCUCAACACCGAAGCACUCGCCAUGGCUCAAUACAAUGUCGUGAUGCUCGGUCGUCAAGAAGUGCCAUGGGACGAAAUCUCGGCUGGAAACGUCCGUGUCGACUUUGAACCAAGCGGCUCUGUCAUCUCACCCAAGUGCACCUACCUCCGUCGUCGUAAACCACCCAUUCCACACAACAAGGCCGGUAAUAUCAACAACGCCAUCUUUAACGAGUCAACCUCGCAAGACUUUGAGUUUAUGUCGUUACUCGAUGCCGAUCAGCAACCAAGCCCGGAGUUCCUCAAGCGUGUCCUCCCCUACUUCUACGCCGACGACGGACAAGAGCUUGCCUUUGUCCAGACUCCACAAUUCUUUAGCAACAUCUAUCCAGUCGACGAUCCACUCGGUCAUCGUAACAUGGAGUUUUACGGUCCUGUCAUGGAAGGUCGUUCAGCCAACGGUGCCUGUCCAUUCGUCGGAACCAACGCUGUCUUCCGUCGUAAACCACUCUAUGACAUUGGUGGCAUUAUGUACAACUCUGUCACAGAAGAUAUGUAUACCGGUAUGAAGUUGCAAGUGUCUGGCUACAAGUCAUGGUACCACAAUGAGGUGCUUGUCGUCGGUACCGCUCCAGUCGAUAUCAAGGAAACACUCGAACAACGUAAGCGUUGGGCUCAAGGUGCCGUGGAAAUCUUCUCGCUCACUCCAUGGGGUUACAUUCGCAAGAAAUUGGGUUGGAGAAAGAUGAUGUACAAUCUCGACUCUUGUGUCUACCCCUUCCUCUCAUGGACCGCCUUUUUCUACGGUAUUGCCCCACUUGUCAUGUCUGUGUGGACCGUCCCCAUCGUCGUCAAGGAUCCAAUCAUCUUUAUUCUCGUCGGUAUGAUCCCCGUCAUGGUAUUGCCACGUGUCAUCCAGUACAUGGUGUUGCGUGCCCGUCGUCCAUACGAAGCCGGAAGAGCUGGCCCAUCUCUCUGGGUCGAAGCAACCGACUUGUGGCGUGCCGAACAGACUUUCUUUGCCUUUGCCGGUACCUACAUCUCUGCAUGGAAGGCUGGAUCAGCAUCGAUUGUCCGUCUGCUCAAAGCCCGUAAGUUGUCACGUCACAACCUCGCCAUGUGGAACUGGAAGCGUGACUUUGCCAAGAAGCCAGUCGUCACUGAAGGUUGGAGACAAACCUUCCUUGCCAACGUCGACGCCAACGCCAUCGAGGAUCACAAAGGUAAAUCAGAACAAAGUUUCCGUUCCUCCAACAAGGAGUCAGACACUAUCAAGAACUCUCGUCUUUUCCUCGCCAACAUCUUUUUGUUUGCCGUCAACAUCAUUGCCAUGCUCACUGCCUUCCUUCGUUUCAAUUGUUUCCAAAACGAUAUGUGGUUGCUCGUCAUUGUCGGUGGUUUCGCCUUUUCGACCUGCUGGCAUUUGUGGUCAUUCAUUCCAAUGGCCCUCCGUCAAUCCGAAAAACAAUGGCCAUACGCCUCCUCUUACCACGCUCACAACAUUGUCAUCUUUGUCAUUCUUGGUUUCCUCGUUCUUCUCUUUGUCGACGUCAAAGUUUGUAUUCCAAGAGUUGCCUAA